CCCUCCUCGAUCGAACUCCACGGCCAGGCAGAACAACUGAUCUCCUCAUCAGUAGCCAAAAACAAAAGAGAGCUCCUCGAUCGUCAGUAACCCAGAGCCGGAAACGAGAGGGAGAGGAAGCAUGGGAUCAGUGACGGAGCCGUCGAAGCCCAGCCUCAGCGUGGCCGCCUUCUGCGGCUCCCUCCGCAAGGACUCGUGGCACCGCGGCCUCAUCCGCGCCGCCGAGGAGCUGUGCGAGGAGUCCAUCCCGGGUCUCCUCAUCGACUACGUCGACAUCUCCGGCCUGCCCAUGUGCAACCCGGACCUCGAGACCGACGGCGGCCACGGCUUCCCGCCGGACGUCGAGGCCUUCCGCGCCAGGGUCCGCGACGCCGACUGCUUCCUCUUCGCCUCCCCGGAGUACAACUACUCCCUCACCAGCACGCUGAAGAACGCGCUGGACUGGGCGUCCAGAGGGGGCAACUGCUGGGGCGACAAGGCGGCGGCGAUCGUGACGGCGGGGGGCGACUUCGGGGGAGGCAGGGCGGCGUUCCACCUGCGACAGGUCGGGGUGUUCCUGGACAUCCACUUCAUCAACAAGCCGGAGCUCUACGUCAGGGCGUACGAAGAUCCGCCCAAGUUCGACGACGACGGUAACCUCACCGACGCCAAGGUCAGGGACCGACUCAGGCAGGUGCUCCUGUCGCUUCAGGCCUUCGCGCUCAGGCUCCACAAGUGAGAGUACUGGCCCGACAAGAAACUUGAAUUGGCACCUUAUAUGUGUUGGUGCUAUAUUACUACUGUUUUGGAGUACGUAUAUGUGGUUCUUUCCAGUAUUUUGGAGUACGUAUCUCUAGUUCCGUUCAGUGUUUUGGAGUACGAAGAGUACGUAUCUGUGUGUGUAAUAAAAUCUCCUGAGAGUUGCUCCACCGAGUGACGCCAAUAAAAAUAUAUAUUCUUACCUUGAUUA